AUGGCGUAUCAAAUGCCAAAAUCUUGUUGUUUCUGUGCCAUCUUAGUCUUAGUUUUUGCAGUACAAUUAACAGAAGUUGAAGGUGAGUGCACAAAGAUUGUUGGUAGAUGUUCUGUAGCAGAUUGUUCCUAUGAUUGUAGCAGGUAUGCAAAAGGUGUUCAUGCUAAAGAAUGGAAUUGUGAUUUCUUUGGUUUAUGCACUUGUAAGUUCGAUAAGCCACCACCAGGGUCACAAGAACCUGCAUGCAAUAUUGGAAUUGGACUUUGCAAUCAUGAAUGUGAUGAAUCUUGUUGUAAUGCAAAGUGUGUUAGCAAAUAUAAAGAUACAGGUGUUGGAAAAUGUUUUGUGGAUUUUGGUAAAGAGUAUUGCCUUUGUUCCUAUAGCCGUUGA